CUGCCGCGACGCAAUCGAGUGGUGCGCGACGGAGACCCAUCGACUCAUUGAGGCCAUCGAGAUCACUCAACGGCUAACAGUAUUCGGCCGCGCGUGUUGUGCUUCGUUCUGUGUUGGUGUCAUCAACAAAUCCCUAAUCUAAUCCCAAAGCACUAUUCGUUAUCCGGUUUAUCUAUCUUUUCUCGAUUCCCCUUCUGAAGUGGUAGUAGAAUCGACGAAUCCGUUUUCGUUUGCUUUCAAUUUUCAAUAUUCAAAUGUUGGGUGGAUUAUACGGAGACCUUCCUCCACCUUCUUCGGCGGAGGAAGACAACAAACCCACUCCCAAUGUGUGGUCUUCCAGCACCAAGAUGGCCCCGGCCACGCUCCGCAAGCCCGCCUCGCUCUUCGCGCCUCCCCAAACCCUCCUCCGAACCCAGCCCAAGCCCAAGCCCGUUGUCGCCAACACUAAGGCCCUUCUCUCCCCCACGCCCGCCCCGCCUCCUGACGACGCCCUGCAGCCCGCUCUUGUCGGCGUCCAGUCAACCGUUCUCGAGGAGUACGACCCUGCCCGGCCCAACGACUACGAGGAGUACCGCCGCGACCGCAAGCGCAAGGCCCGUGAGGCCGAGAUGCUGCGGGAGCUCGAGCGCCGCCGCCAGGAGGAGGAGGACGAAGAGAGGGAGCGCGAGAAGGAACGAGAGCGAGAAAGGGAUUACAGUGAAUCGAGGUUGAAUGUUUCCGGUGAAGAGGCGUGGAGGAGGCGUGCGGCGAUGAGUGGGGCCGUGCCGAGAUCACCGUCGCCGCCUCCAACGGGGAAUUCGGACGGGUUUAGCAUUGGGAAGUCUGAGACAGGAGGGUUGGGAGUGGGGGCGGGUGGACAGAUGACGGCGGCGCAGAGGAUGAUGGCGAAGAUGGGAUGGAAGGAGGGGCAGGGACUUGGGAAGCAGGAGCAGGGGAUUACCACUCCUUUGAUGGCAAAGAAAACGGAUAGAAGAGCUGGGGUUAUUGUGAAUGCUAGUGAUAACAGCAAGAAAGUGAAGAGUGUUAACUUCAAUGGAGUGCCUACCAAGGUGCUGCUACUUAGGAAUAUGGUGGGUCCUGGCGAGGUAGACGACGAGCUGGAAGAUGAAGUGGGAUCAGAAUGUGCCAAGUAUGGAACGGUAACCCGAGUUCUGAUAUUUGAGAUAACAGAACCAAAUUUCCCCACUGAUGAAGCUGUAAGAAUAUUUGUGCAAUUCGAGAGAUCCGAAGAAACAACUAAAGCGCUUAUUGACCUCGAUGGUCGAUAUUUUGGGGGUAGAGUGGUGCGUGCCUCAUUUUAUGAUGAGGAGAAGUUUGGCAAGAAUGAGUUAGCUCCAAUGCCUGGAGAAAUUCCUGGCUUCACCUGAACGAACAGCGCCUCUAUUAUUUUUGUAAGGUCCUUGGUGAAUGCACUGAAGACUUGAAAUCGAGGUUUACCUUAAUUACAUGAUAGUUGAGCAUUAUCUUAAGCUUAGUCUUAGUCCAUGUGUUUGUAAUAGUGACAAAGGGUUGUGCUCAGGUAAUUAUUAUGAUCACAAGAACACCGAGAGUUCCUUACUAGUGCUAAUGUUGUCACUGCAAAUUCGAAGUUCUUUAAUAUUGGAUUAUUUGGAGAUUAAGGUA